AUGGCCGAAUCCACGAACCGGAGGAUGCCCCUCCGAGGAGAGAGGUCGGCCCCGAAGUUUGACGGUACGCCUAGGGCACUCGCCCGUUAUUUCUCGGAGCUGCAGGAGCUCUUUGCCUACGCAGGAGUCGUCGACGAUGUAAAGAAGGUCGAGUCGGUGAAACGUUAUCUGUCGGCGGACGACGCAGAGAUAUGGGAUACGGUGUCGGAGAAAGGGGCCGACAGGUACGAUAAGUUCAAGGAGGCGGUGAUGAAGCUGUACCCAGGGUCGGACGGAGCGUCGAAGUACAUGGCCGAGGACCUCGACACUAUAUCUAAGGAAUCGAGGGCAGCAGGGACCAGGACCCGAGGGGAGGAGGCGGCGUACUAUCGCAAGUUCCUUCCGGCUGCGAUGUUCCUUGACAAGAAGGGCACGGUAUCGCGGAAGGAGGUCUGCAUGAAGUAUCUCUCGGGGUUCGACGACGAGACGAAAGGCUCGAUCCAGCGCCGCGCUGAAGUGAUGUUCCCGGAGAAGGAUCCGUGGGAGGGUUUUGAGCUUACGGACCUACACGACGCCGCGCAACGGUGCCUGACAGCUGUUGGGUACGGGGCGAGUCCUUCGAGCGCGACCGGGACGGCGGGAACGACGAGUGUCGGCGCGACGACCCCUAUCAAGACGGAGCCUACGUACGAAGUGAUGACGAGGGCCUUUGUGUUGGUAUUGCAGCAGUACCACCAAGGUAACGGAGGAGGGAGCCUACCAGUGAAUGUGGCCUCUCGUACCUCGUUCCGGGCAUACCCAGCACCCUUUGCGGGGCCUUCAGCCAAUUUUGGAGGAACCGGAGGGUGGGCGCCGAGAGCUGGAGGGACUGGAACGUACGGGAACAGUGGACCGCCGACCGGAGGGACCGGGUUCAGGCAGAGUAUCUGUAACUUCUGCGGAGUCAUGGAACAUUUCCUCAGGGAGUGUCCUGAGGUGGAACGGUACGCGAAGGACGGCCGCAUACAGUUCGACGCGAUGCGGAAGAUCAUCCUCCCGAACGGGCACUACCCGGGGCGAUACCUCGGGGGGAGCACGAUGAAGGAAAACAUAGAUAACUGGCAUGCAGCGGAAGGGCUGAACAAGGGCGGAGGAAACGUGCAGGACGGAGGGAAUACGUCCCGGGACGCCCCACCGCAUCUCUCGGCCCACCUCGUCGAGCUUGUAGAAGGAUUCAGCGUCGCGAGUGCGGUGUCUGUCGGUGACGAUACGGAACGGGAAGCGAAGGAACUGGAAGAGAAGGCGGAGGUGCUGGCGGCGGAAGCGGCGAAGCUGCGCGGAGCCAGGAAGGUCAGGUUCGAGGACAAAGUAGCUGGUGGGGGAAGUGUCAAGGCAAGUACGAUGAAGGGGAGCGCGGGAAAACCACCAGGGAUCCCUGCAAAGUCGGUGUUGCCGGAGCCAGCGAAAACCGGAGGGAAGGCGAGGGGUGACCCGCAGUACAAGUACACCACGAAGCUGAACGCGGAACGGGACCUGAUGAGGAAGGCGGAUGAGCUGGUCGACCGAAUGCUGAAGGGCGGGGACCGGCCGAUGUGGGACGAGCUGGGCGAGGUCAGCAUCGAUUUCCGAAAGGCCAUGAACGAGCGUACUCGAACGUACCGCGUCCCGUUGCAGUCGGGCAUGGUAGCAGAGGGGAAAGAGGAAGCCAGCGAGACGUCUCUCCUCGUCGGGGCCGGAAGGAAUAUUGCGAACUUCGAGUGUUGGGACUCCCUCAACCUCCGCACGGUAGGGCCAACGGUGAACGGGGUAGCCAGGCUCGAGUGCGUGCUAGAUACCGGAUCACAGGUCGUUCUCAUAUGGAGGGACGUCUGGGAGAGGCUCGGAGGGAGCCUCCGCGUGGACGACGGGGUGCUUAUGGAGAUGGCGAACAAGUCGCAGAUCAGGACGGUCGGAAAGGCGGUGGGGGUACGGUUCGUCUUCGACGAGGACGUGGAAGUCUUCCUAAACGCGCAGAUCGUCGACAUCGCCCCGUUCGAGGUCCUUCUCAGCAGGCCCUUCUUUGCGGCAACGAGCUGUGAAACGAAGGAUCAUCCGAACGGGAGGAUGGAGGUCAUCCUCACCGACCCGAAGACGAAGCGGAGGGUAAUGAUCCAGACGUACGAACGGAAGCCACGUCAGCCAGACGAAGGCGGGGAGGGGAGUGCCGGAUCGGAAGGGAAGAAGACGGACGGAGGCGAGAAGGAGGGUUUUUGA